CACUUCCUGCCCCCCCAUCUGCCUCCUCCCCCCAUCUGCAGCCUUCGCGCCCCUUCCCCGCCCACCUCUCCAAGGGAUCGGGACUCCUCUUCCUGAGAGGGGCGCGUGGCACUUGCACACCGAAGGACUCCAACACUUUUGCAAGGAGAUGUCGUCGCCGUCUCCUCACCCCAAAUUCAGGCCGUCCUUGCCUCCUGACAGAAACUGGCACCAGAGCAAGGAGAUCAUCAGGGUCCUGUUAGAGGCUGAGCUGGAGCAGAGGUCAAAGGUGAAAGAGCAAGACUCGGAUGGCUCCAAAGAGAGAAGAAGCCCCCAAAUUGUCCAGGCAGGAGGCAGCAGCCAGGAAAACUUGGGAAGAAGAGGGCAGAAGAUCCUGGAUGAGGGCAACGCCGGCUCGGAUGUACAACGCCAGCGUUUCAGGGCCUUCUGCUACCAGGAGGCCGAGGGCCCCCGAGAGGUUUGCGGCCGACUCCACAACCUCUGCUACCAGUGGCUGAAGCCAGAGCGGCACACCAAGAAGCAGAUCCUGGACCUGGUGAUCCUGGAGCAGUUCCUGGCUGUCCUCCCCCCGGAGAUAGAGAGCUGGGUCAGAGAUUGUGGGCCGAAGUCCAGUUCCCAGGCGGUGGCCCUGGCCGAAGGUUUCCUCCUGAGCCAGGCAGAGCACAAGAAGCAGGAGGAGGAGCGGGCACAGAUGACAUUUUCCAAAGCAGCCACAGAUUCCCCGGAGGCAGAAGAUGCUCCGUUGAACAUCACAAAGCGGCCGCUCUUCUGGGGGACCGUGCAGGAGGCUGAAGGGGGCGCCUCUUCUCUGGGAAGUAGGACAGCCCUCAGAGACAGCAAAAUGGCCCUGAGGUGUCCCCCCAUGCCUACUUCUCUUUGUGAUGGAUUGGAAGCAGCGUCCCUGCAGCCAGAACAGGACCUCGUGACCUUUGAGGAGAUGGCUGUACAUUUCACGGCCUUCCACGGAGGCCGAGUAGGCUCUGCGGGACCCAGGCUGGAGGGGUCUGCGCAGGGAAGCCAUGGAGAACUGUGGAAUUGUGGGAAUCUGGCCUCUCUCGGGCUUCCGCUUCCCAGGCUGGACCAUAUCUCCUGGCAGGGAGAAAGGGGCGACCCAUUUGCGGAAAGCUCUGAAGAGGAAAGAUCAGCAGAUGACGACGGAGAGGGCAAUAAAGAGUGUGAACAGCAUAGAAUGAAAACGGAAUUAAAACAGAAGUGGGGGAACAAAUCCAUUGUUUUUGAAGGGACUGACUUCCAUGAAAUCCCAAUAGUAGAAGAACAUUGUGAAGGAAACCAAAGAAAAAUCCACAAGGAGAAGCUGUUGAAAUGCGCCGAGUGUGGGAAGCUUUUCAGCCAGCAGAUAUACCUUAUUAAACAUCAGAGAGCGCAUGCUACAGAUAAAACGUACAAAUGCUUUGAGUGUGGGAAGCAGUUCCUUCGCAGCUCAGACCUUCAUCUCCAUCAAAGAUUCCAUGCAGGCAAAAAGCCUUAUAAAUGCUCGGAGUGUGGAAAGCGGUUCAGUCAUAGCAUAAGUCUGAAAUGGCAUGAAAGUAUUCACACGAGAGAAAAGCCCUAUAAAUGCUCAGAGUGUGGAAAGGGUUUUAAUGACGGUAGAAACCUUAAAAGACAUCAAAGAAUCCACACAGGGGAGAAACCUUAUAAGUGCUCAGUGUGUGGAAAGGGCUUCAGUCGCAGCCCUGAGCUUAAAUCGCAUCAGAGAAUCCACACUGGGGAGAAACCCUAUAAGUGCUCUGAGUGCGGGAAGAGGUUCAACCUGAGUUCAAACCUUAGUAAACAUCAAAGAAUCCACACAGGGGAGAAGCCCUACACAUGUUCAGCGUGUGGGAAGAGCUUCAGUCAUAGCACGCAUCUUAAAAGACAUGAAAGAAUCCACACGGGGGAGAAGCCCUAUAAAUGUUCAGAGUGUGGAAAGAGCUUCAGUCAAAACAUAAUUCUUAAAUCGCACCAGAGAAUUCACACGGGGGAGAAGCCAGAUAAAUGCUCCGAGUGUGGGAAGUGUUUCAGCAGUAGUGGGAACCUUAAAAUACACCAGAAAAUCCACACAGGGGAAAAACCCUAUAAAUGCUCUGAGUGCGGGAAGUGUUUCAGUCAAAGCAUCAUCCUUAAAUCGCAUCAAAGAACUCACACGGGGGAGAAGCCCUUUGUAUGCUCUGGGUGUGGAAAGAGUUUUGGCGACAGCAGGAGCCUCAAAGUCCAUCAAAGAGUCCACACCCAGGAGAAGCCCUAUAAAUGCUCCGAGUGCGGCAAGACUUUCAGCGUCGGCAGAAGCCUCAAAGUACACCAAAGAACCCACACGCAGGAGAAACCCUAUAAAUGCCUCGAGUGUGGGAAAAGUUUCAGUGACAGCAGAAUCCUCAAAGUGCAUCAGAGGAUCCACACGGGGGAGAAACCCUACAACUGCUCAGAGUGCGGGAAGAGCUUCAACCAGAGCACACACCUUAAGAGACAUCAGAGAACCCACACAGAGGAGAAGCCCUACAAGUGCUUAGAGUGCGGGAAGAGCUUCAACCAGAGCACGCACCUCAACACACACAGAAGAAUCCACGUGAGAAACACUCAGGGUGCGGAAUCUGUCGUUGCACCCGUGGUCAACUGUCUCCAGGAACUGUGGUCAGCUGCAAGGGAUUCCCACGAGCCUGCUUCUGAUUCCCAAUGUGUUGUUUUCUUUUAUCUGCAGGAAGAAAGCCUUGUGGGACUGCAAGGAACAUGUGAUGUGUCCCAAGAACGACUCUUUGUGAAGUUUGAAGGAAGGGCUUCUGUGCCCAGUCCUGCAAUGGACAUGCGUGGCCCAGUGGGGCAGAGAUCAGGCAAAGGUUGUGAUGCCAUCCAGGCUGGGAGUCCCAGGGAAUUCUGGGAGAGAACAGUGCAGAAGAUCCCGGGUAGGAAGGACACACUCGCCUCAGACUCUCAGUGCCAGCGGUUCAGGCGCUUCCGUUACCAGGAGGCCAAAGGACCCCGAGAAGUUUGCAGCCGACUCCACCACCUUUGCCGUCAGUGGCUGAAGCCAGAGAGACACACCAAGACUCAAAUCCUGGACCUGGUGAUCCUGGAGCAGUUCCUGGCUGUCCUCCCCCCGGAGAUGGAGAGCUGGGUGAGGGAAUGUGGAGUGGAGACCAGUUCCCAGGCGGUGGCCCUGGCCGAAGGUUUCCUCUUGAGCCAGGCAGAGGACAGGAAGCAGGAAGGGCUGCAGGCUCAAGGGACCAUCGCAGAGGUGGGCAAUGAAUCCCCUGAAUCAAGGGAGAAUCUGCCGGUAACCUUCCAGACGGCGCUAUCUGGGGAAAUUUUGCCGGAUAAUCAAACUCUGGACACGUCACUGGGAAAUGGAAUAAUAUCGCGGAAGCUCCCUACGACAUCAGCUUUUCACAGCGGAGCAGAAAUAGAUCCUGAGCAACCGACUGAGGUUCUAGUGUCCUUUGAGGAGGUGGCUGUGUAUUUCACCAACGAAGAGUGGGCUUUGCUGGAUUCGAGCCAGAAGGCCCUGCAUAGGGAAGUCAUGUUGGAGAAUUCCCGGAGCGUGGCCUCACUCGUUGAAGGGUGGGACAAUAAGGAUGACGACAAACUCUGUUCAGCACCACAGGAGAGAAACAAACUUCAAGACAUGGAUGAGAACUUCGGACAUCAAGAAGGACCAAAUAAGCAGGAAGAAAACCAAACCAGGAAGUGGGGGAAUAAAUCUUUGCCUGGGCAGAACUUUCAUGAAAUUCCAGUUCAGCAGCAGAGACGAAAAGGAAAGAAAAAGAAUGUCUGCUCGCUAUGUGGGAAAGUCUUCAGCCGCAAAUCACACUUCAACGUCCACAUGAGGAUCCACACAGGCCAGAAGCAGCAUAAGUGUUUGGACUGCGGAAAGACCUUCCGGCAGAGAGCGCACCUCACUUCCCACCAAAGAAUUCACACGGGAGAGAGGCCUUAUAAAUGCUUGCAGUGCGGGAAGAGCUUCAGGGAGCGUGCACACUUCACCGUACAUCAGAGAAUCCACACAGGGGAAAAACCCUUCCAGUGUUCGGAGUGCGGAAAGAAGUUCAGUAGGAGCACAAACCUCGCUUCCCACCUGAGAAAACACACGGGGGAGAAACCGUAUAAAUGCCCAGAGUGCGGAAAGAGCUUCAGGCAGCUUGCGUACCUCACUUCACACCAGAGAAUCCACACCGGAGAAAAACCAUAUCAGUGUUCGGUGUGCGGAAAGAGCUUCAACAGGAACACAAACCUUACCGCCCAUCUGAGAAAACACACGGGAGAGAAACCCUAUAAGUGUGCCGUAUGCAGUAGGAGCUUUUGUGAUAAAUCAGGCUUCAAUAUACACCAGCUGAUUCAUUCAAAGGAUAAGCCGCAUAAAUGUUUGGUGUGUGGCCGAAGCUUUAUUCGGCGUUCGCAGCUUACUUCCCACGAAGGAAUCCAUACGGGGGAGAAGCCGUAUAAAUGCUUGGUGUGUGGAAAGAGCUUCCACCGGAGCUCCAACCUUACUUCCCAUCAGAGAAUCCACGCAGGAGAGAAACCGUAUAACUGCUCGGAAUGUAGCAAGAGCUUUUACGACAGAUCACGCCUCCUUAUUCACCAAAGGACUCACACGGGCGAAAAACCGUAUAAAUGCCCGGAGUGUGGAAAGAACUUCAAGUGGCAUGCAAACCUUGCUUCUCAUCAAAGGACACACGGAGGAGAAAAGCCCUAUAACUGUGUGGAGUGUAGCAAGAGCUUUUAUGACCACUCCCACCUUCUUACACACCAAAGAAUCCACACGGGAGAGAAACCUUAUCAGUGCUCGGUGUGUGGAAAGAGCUUCAGCCAGAGCUCGAGCCUUACUUCCCACCUGAGAGUCCACACAGAAGAGAAACCCUAUCAGUGCACAGAGUGCGGAAAGAACUACACUCAAAGAAGAAACCUGAUCAGACACCAGAAAAUCCACUCGGGAGAAAAAACAUACCAAUGCCUGGAAUGCGGAAAGAGCUUUUAUGAUAAGUGCAUGCUUAAGAGACACCAAAGAACUCACAGAGGGGGCAGUGAACCCAUCAUGUCUUGGAGUGUCGAAAUGGCUUCCGAUGGAGAACCGAUUUUACUUCCCCUUGGUGGAUUCACACCAGAAAAGCAGUAUGUGAUUUGAGACUGAGUAACCAAUCGAACCUUAGGAGCACUAGAGAAUUCAUAUUGGACAGAGGCUUCCCCCCCCCUUCCCUGAUAAAUACUUGGGGUAUUCUGUCACUGUUAGCUAUAUCGAUGCACAAUUAUUGUUAAACUUUAAUGCAGCUCUUAUUAUUAUUAUUCAUUUCUAAGCCGCUUUAUAGUUUCAAGAAAAAAAAUCAAAGUGGUUUACGACACAUUAAAAUAUCAAAUUAUAAAAAACCCAGAAUAAAACAUUACUGAAGAUAUUUAUACAGUGGUACCUCGGGUUAAGAACUUAAUUCGUUCUGGAGGUCCGUUCUUAACCUGACACUGUUCUUAACCUGAGGUACCACUUUAGCUGCUGCUGCGCAAUUUCUGUUCUCAUCCUGAAGCAAAGUUCUUAACCUAAGGUACUAUUUCUGGGUUAGCGGAGUCUGUAACCUGAAGCGUCUGUAACCCAAGGUACCACUGUACAUUCAAAGCAACAUAAUUAACAGGAAUCUUAAAAAAAUUAAAAAUAGACCAUUACAAAGGAGGUCAACUACAGAAUGCACAUUGAACACAGUAAAGUCUGAGAGCAGGGUCCAUAUUUUGUGACUUUGCAGUUGUAACCUCUCAAGAGCAUGCAGGGUGCUUAUCCCUCGCAUCCAUGGCCCAAUAGCAGGAGGUUGCAGGGAAGGAGGACCAGGG